AUGCAUAUUUUGAAGACUACGUUUCAUGUAAACGUUCAUUAUGUUUGGUUUCAAAAUCGACGUGCAAAAUUUCGUAAAACUGAACGUGUUAUCCAACCAGAUACUACAACAACUACAAUAGUUUCAACAACACCAACAACCACACCACCAAAUAUAAACAAUAUUGAACAAAACUCUUCAAUUUUAUUCAAUGUUCAACAUACAUCAUCAAUGGACAAUUCCAUGUACAAUUCAAAAUUACCACCAUACAUUUCAUUAGAUAAUCAAGAAAAUCUUUGUAAAUUAUUCGACUCUUAUAAUCAUACUGUUGAUAAAUUUGAAACUCAUCAAAAUAGAGAAAUUCAAAUCCCGCCACAAUUAUCCUCAUCACUAGAUGAUAAUAAUGAUGUUGAUGAUGAUGAUGAUGAUGAUGGUGAUGACGAUGAAUUAAAACACUCGAAACAAAUCAUUGGAACAUUGAGAAAAAAAUCUGGACAAAUUAAAUUUCCAAGUGAAUUUUAUCCACCGCUGAAAGAUUCCCUAUUUUCAAUGAUACAAAAAUCAAACACUGUUCAACAUUCAAUAAUCCCUAGUAAAUCUUAUCUAGAUUGGACAAGUUACAAAGAUCACGAUAACAAUCAUAAUGAUGAUGAUGAUGAUGGUUGUAUGAACAGUGGUCUGAUGCAUCGUACUAAUGAUAAUCUACAUCCUUUAUAUAAACUUACACAAACAUGUCGACAAGUGGAUCGACUUGUCGUCGGUACAGUACAACAUGAUGUUACAUCAAGUAGUUUUAGUAAAAAAUCUUUAGAUAAACAACAUAAAUUUAUCAGUAGAAAAAAGUAA